GAUCUCUCCUUAGCUAGAGAACAUAUUCAUUUUUUUGGAAUCGCUAUGAUCGAUCUAAAUCUUCCACCGACGAGUCUGCUUUUUGGCUUUUGCCGAAAGAUCGCGCUGGCAUUUCAUGAUGUGGUUCUGUUCUUCGGAUCAGCUUCCCUGAUCAUCAGCAUCAAUAUUCUGGUCUCACAGAGAUAAACACGGACCUUUACUUGGAUUCUCUUGUGAUCAGUUUUCACGUAAGUAAACUAGACGCAGAUUCUUCUCUCAUGUGGACCACCAAAAAACACCAUAUUAACCCAAAGAAUCAGAGAGGAGGAGGAGGAGGAGGAGGAGAAAGAAAGAAGAUCUAGAACAACGUACAGCAAAAUGAAUAACGAUACACGGGUCCCCAUUAUAAGAACAGAGUACUCCACCCCUAUCAACAGCCACCCCCAACCUAACCCUUAUAUCAACAUCUCCCUUGUGCCAGCAACAUCGUCUGCAUCUGGCUUCAGGCGUCCGACGGAUACGAUACUUGACACGUUGAAUAGGUAUGGAAAGAGGGUCGACGAUGUCACUAAAAGAGCAGAGGCCAUGGCCGGCAACUUCUGGCAUCACCUCCGAACUAGUCCUAGUCUCGCGGAUGCAGCAAUGGCAAGGCUUGCUCAGGGGACAAGGUUACUUGCCGAUGGCCAUGACCAUAUGUUCCAGAAAGCAUUUAAUGUAUUGGCAGGAGAGAAGCUCUUAAAGUCAUAUGCCUGCUAUUUAUCGACUUCCACUGGACCUGUGAUUGGGACACUCUACUUAUCCAAUAAAAGGGUUGCCUUUUGCAGUGAUUUGGCUAUAUCUUAUCAUUCACCCACAGGGCAGUCGGAGAGGAUGUACUACAAGAUUGUUGUGCAGCUUGAUCAGUUGGCAGCAGUCAAUCCUUCUGCUAACAACUUGAACCCUUCAGAGAAGUACAUCCAGAUAGCCACAAGGGAUGGCCAUGAAUUCUGGUUCAUGGGGUUUAUCUCAUUCGACAAGGCACUCAAGAAUCUAACGAAAGCAUUACAGCAGUCAUGAGAAUAUUCUGACCAGAAAAUGGAUAUAAAAACUAGAAUGAACUAUACUUCUGGUCUGAACUGUGUAUUGAUGGUAUUAAAAGUACGACAUUUUACAAAAUUGCUUGUAAGAUUUAGACAGGCGAGAAGAAUGGUGGACUGUAAUGUUUCAACCAAUAUUGGUUGAUGUUUGCUUAGACACUUACGUCGUUUUGUUUCGAACAA